AUCAGGAUUUUGGGAAUGCAUGUUGUUUAAUGGUACUACAUGGAAUAUUACCAAUAGCAACUAUUAAAGUGUAUGAGACAACAGUGAAUUAAUGUAUGCAUAUUUAAUAAAUUUAAAAAACAAGUAAAAUUUGUUUAGAAUAUUAGACUCAUACAUCAGCAGUGAAAUCAGGUUGUAGUCCUUCAAGAUAUUGUACUUAAUUCUUAACAGAUUUAUUCAGUAAUUAUUUUUAAACAAUUUUGUGUUAAGAGUUGUGAAUUGAACACAUUGUCAUUACAGAACAGGACAGGACAUAAGGCUGAAAUGAAUCCAGGACAUUCUUUAGAAUUUCCUUUGAAAAGUGAAACUGAGGGUGUAUUAUCACUACCUUCCAUAAAUCAAGAAAACAGCAACAUGGCUGCCUUUAGCGGAACCAGUGAUGAAGACUUUUUGUCUCUGGAUCCAUUGAUGGACAUCAAAAUAGAACCAGAGGAAUUCUGUGAGUCUAAUGAAGAUGAUGAAUAUUCAUAUGAAAUGAAUUCAAUAGUGAAUGAAAAACAUCUACAAACUUGCAAAAAGGAAGUAAAACAAGAAAGAAGGAUCCGUGACAAUGGAGAGAAGCCUUUCAGAUCAGCUGACUGUGAUAAAGCAUUUUACAAGAGAAUUAAUCUUACAAAUGAUAUCACAAAUCCUUCCAGAGAAAAAUUCAUAUGCAAUGACUGUGGGAAAACAUUUUCCUCGAAACAUCCUCUUAUAGUUCAUAUGAGAAUCCAUACAGGAGAGAAACCUUAUGUGUGCAAGGAAUGUGGGAAAGCAUUUUCUCAGAAAAAACAUCUUACACGUCAUAUGAGAAUCCAUACUGUAGAGAAGCCAUUCAUUUGCAAGGAAUGUGGGAAAGCAUUUUCCCAGAAACCAAAUCUUACAAGUCAUAUGAGAAUCCAUACAGGAGAGAAACCAUUCAUGUGCAAGGAAUGUGGGAAAACAUUUUCCCACAAACAACAUCUUACAAGUCAUAUGAGAAUCCACACUGGAGAGAAGCCAUUCAUGUGCAAGGAAUGUGGGAAAGCAUUUUCCAAUAAACCAAGUCUUACAAGUCAUAUGAGAAUCCAUACGGGAGAGAAGCCUUUCAUGUGCAAGGAAUGUGAUAAAUCAUUUUCCCAGAAAUCAAUUUUUACAAGUCAUAUGAGAUUGCAUACUGUAGAGAAGCCAUUCAUAUGCAAGGAAUGUGGGAAACCAUUCUCCAAUAAACCAAGUCUUACAAGUCAUAUGAGAAUCCAUACGGGAGAGAAGAACCUUUCAUGUGCAAGGAAUGUGAUAAAAUCAUUUUCCCACAAAUCAAAUCUUACAAGUCAUAUGAUAUUGCAUACUGUAGAGAAGCCAUUCAUAUGCAAGGAAUGUGGGAAAGCAUUUUCCUACAAAUCAAGUCUUACAAGUCAUAUGAGAAUCCACACUGGAGAGAAGCCAUUCAUUUGCAAGGAAUGCGGGAAAGCAUUUUUCCACAAAUCAAGUCUUACAAGUCAUAUGAUAUUGCAUACUGGAGAGAAGCCAUUUAUGUGCAAGGAAUGUGGGAAAACAUUUUCCCACAAAUCAAGUCUUAGAAGUCAUAUGAGGUUGCAUACUGGAGAGAAGCCAUUCAUGUGCAACGAAUGUGGGAAAGGACUUGCCCACAAACAACAUCUUACAAGUCAUAUGAGAAUCCACACUGGAGAGAAGCCAUUCAUGUGCAAGGAAUGUAAGAAAGGAUUUUCCCAGAAAGGAAGUCUUACACGUCAUAUGAGGUUCCAUACUGGAGAGGAUAAAGAAACAACAUGAUAAAAUAAACCAGUUAAGGGCAGAGAUCUAAUAAAUCACCAACUAUAUGAGAGAUCAAAAUCUCUCACAAAAUCUGCUCAAGAAAAUAAGGAAGAUAAAGAAAAAUUCAGAAUAGGGGACGAACAAGUGAGUGGAAAAAAAGGCCCUAGUUUCACAAAUAAGAAACAAACAACAGAAGAUAAAAGUAAAACAGAUAAAUUGGCAGUUUGUUGAAAAUCCAAAGAUUGUUUAUAGGAAUAUGACAAAAGAAACAGUUGAGGUACGAACACCACCGAGCAAGGUUUUGCACCCCAAAAUAAGUUGCACUUGAUGUGGAGUUAAUUAUUGUGAACUUGUCUGCAAAAUCUGAAGGAGGGUCUCACUGAAAAUGCAGAUGAAGGCUCUUCAUUUGCAGAGUCUUUAUUGGAAGUCAGGGCAGAGCCAGAGUGAAUUUGAUGCAAAAUGGUUCUUUAACCUUUAUGCAAAGGUAAAAUAAAUGACUGGUUUUUUCUUACAAUUGUUCUCAAUGAACACUGUACAGUGCUUGUUUAAGAAACUUUCCUUUGUCCUCUCCACUUUUCUUACUCCUGAGUAUUAUUUGAAUGAUUUCCAAAUAAAGAAUUAUUAUUGUCUUUGGCUGACACGAAGUUUUCUUCCUUUUGUUAUUCAGCAUUGUGCAUAUAUGCACUUGUAUAUGUAGUUGUAAGCUUGAAUGUUUCAAUGAAAUGUUAUUCUUAGUGUAAAUAGAAGGGAUUGAUACCUUCAUUAAACUUCAAUGAAAUUUAGGUGCAGUUUUAUUUGAUUAUUUUUCAUUAUAUGUUCUUGGUUUUAAUCUUCUACAAAGUAUGUGCUACAGCAUUUGUAAGUAAAUCCUAAUGCCUUGUAUUCGCUCACUAAAUGCUACAGUGGACUGUGUCGUAUUUUG